AUGUUCAUAGAAUAUGUGAUAUUGGAUGGGUUUAAGAGUUAUUCAACUCGUACUGUGAUUGGUCCAUUGGACCCUCACUUUAACGCGGUAACGGGGUUAAAUGGCAGUGGUAAAUCUAACGUAUUAGAUUCGUUGUGUUUUGUGUUUGGGAUCUCAGACCUCUCCACAGUCCGCGCGAACAAGUUAGACGAGUUAAUAUAUAAACAAGGCCAGGCCGGAAUAACCCGCGCCACAGUAACAAUAAUCAUCAACAAUACCGUUCCCAUGCCUACACUAAUGCAUCCCUAUAGAAAUAUGAAAGAGAUAACAAUAACAAGACAAAUAGCCCUGGGUGGUAAGAAUAAAUAUUUCAUAAAUAAUCACCCGGCGACUGCGAAGAAUAUCUUUGACUUUUACGACACUGCGAGUAUGAACGUGAAUAACGCAAGAUUUCUAAUUAUGCAAGGGAGAGUGACUAAAGUAGUCAAUAUGAAACCGAGAGAGCUGUUAGACUUGAUAGAGGAGGCCAGUGGCACAAGAGUGUACGAGAAUAAGAAAACCGUAGCACUACGUCUGAUUAAACGGAAAGACGAGAAAAUGGAAGAAAUCAGACGAAUUAUCACAGAUGACAUUGCGCCGAUGAUGGAGAAGCUUAAAAGUGACAAGGAAGAUUUCCAACGCUACAACACCGUUAAAGUUGAGUUUGACAAGUAUAAACUUAUAUACCUACGGCUACAGCAUAAGCAUUUUAGCGAAUUAGUAAACACCCUCAGAGAUAAAUUCAACACCAAACAACGGGAAUUUACCGCGAAAUUAUCAAGUAAACGGGAAGCUGAAACCUUGGUCCACUCGUUAAAUCAAAAGUUAGAAGUUUUGGAAUCGGAGUUGGCCCAAUUGAAUUCGCGGUGUACGAGGGAGAAUAAUGAGCUUGACCAGCUUAAUAAGGAGCUGAGUAAGCUAAAGAGUAAUAGGAAAAUAAGUGAAAAGGAGUCUAGAGAAUUACUAAAGUACAUAAAGGAUUUAGAGCUGGAAAUCGCCGAUUACACAGCGAAACUAAGUGAAUUUUCAGCUGUGGACAAGUUAAAAGAGUUUGCAGAACAGGUUGAACAGGAUAAAAGGAAACUCAGUGAGCUCCAGAAAUUGGCAAAUUCCGGCGGUAAAGUUGGCCAAAUUACACAAUUGACUUCUAAAAUCUCAGCAACGCAGGCUGAACUCACAAAUACCAACCGCGUCAUCACACAUUUGGAGACUGAAAUCAGCAAGUUGGAGACCAAGUUACAAGAGUUCGCAACGUCGAGAACUGAGUUUGACACUGAAAUCCAAAAUCUUAAAUCUAAAAAACUGGAAAUUAACAGUAAAAUCAAGGCGUUGGAGCUGAAAAUUAGCGAGUUUGGCUCCGGAGACCCAAUCACACAUUUGAACUCUCAAAUCAACCAAUUAAACGAGAAAAAAAAUGAACUACAACAUCAAAUCUCAAUACAUCAACAACUCAUCAAUAGAUUCACAGUACACAUUAGAACCGGUGGUAACACUCCCGACAGAGUUGGUAACACUCCAGACAGUGACCCCCGUUAUUUUGGGCAGGUGUAUGAGAUACUAAAAUUGAGUGAGAGGGGGUUGGAGUAUUCGAUACCGAUUCAUGUGUUGAUUGGUUAUAAAUUUAGUUAUUUAGUAGCCCAAGAUUCACAAGCUGCUAAAUCCAUUUUUAAGUUCAAUAACCUCUCACAAAGUAAUAAAAAAAUCACCAUCAUACCCCUAAAUGACAUUAAAAUUAAUCAUCUUCUCACACAGCACGAUUUGGAAUCCAUUAAACUCUUUUUAUCUCAUGAUAUUCACGCACAGAGUACAUCUGAGGUGAACCGUGGAGUGCUGGGAUACUGGGAGGUGUUUGAGUAUGACGAGAGAUUCUUGAGGUUAGUGCAGUAUGUGGGAGGGAAUUGUGUCUUUUGCAGUAAUGACGCGGAUGCGCGUAAAAUUGCGUAUUCUAAGGAGUUGAAGAGGAGAUUUCCAACGGCCACGCUGCAAGGUGAUAAAUAUGACAUCUCAGGCACAAUGUCCGGUGGCGGGAAUAAAUACCUCACGGAACUUUUAAAGUCCGUCACACUCCUGGAACAACUUCACACACAACUCUCACACACAGAUCAACAGAUUUCCACCGUGAGAAAUAGCGUUACAGAGUGCCGUGGUAUGCUGGAUGAGCUGUAUGACUUAAAGAGUAAACAGGAGUUGUGUACCUCAGACUUGCUAUCACUAGAACUAAGACUAAAAAAUAACGAAUACUACAACACAUUGACCAAAUUAAACAAUUCCAAGGAGGAAUUAACCAUUAAACGCAGUAGAGUCGGGGAACUCACAGGACUACUCACACAGUUGAGAGAAGAACUGGAAUCGUUGAGUGUGAGGGCUGGCGGAGUGGAUUUGGAGUCAAAGAUAAAAAUAUUAAAGGAAAGCAUAAAAAAGUCAAGUGUGCAGUUGGAACGUUUAAGGGAACAGAACAUGGACCAGCAGCUUAAAAAAAGCACACUCGAACACCAACUAACAUCAAACCAAACUGAACUCGACAUGAAAAAAUCACAGUUGGACACUUUGAAUCAAAUAAUCCAGGGCCAGGAUGAGGAAAUUGAGUCCAAAAAACGAGAAAUCGAUCAGCUGACACAUCAACUAACUGAUGGUAACAAGGAAGUAAUUGAGGUCCAAAACUCAAUAAACUCUGCGACAAAAGAGAAAGACCAACUGUUAUCAACAGUUGAUGAGAUAAAUUUGAGUAUAAAACAGCUGGAGUAUGACUUGGAAACUGUGGAAAAGGACAUUAACGAGGCCAAUGUCAGGGUGAUUAAACUGCAGCGGGAACACUCAUUUCUCACUGAAUCUGACCCCAAUGACAUACAAUUCACUCGCAGAUCAAGUAUUAGUGUUUCACACAGGGACACUGAGUUGAACACUGAGUUACCCAGUGAGUUAAACAGUGGGUUAAACAGUGAGUUAAACAGUGGGUUAAACGGUGAGUUACCCAGUGGUAACACCGGGUCCAGUGAUAGCCUGGACACUUUGGACAACCCGGAUCUCCUAUAUGUCAAGGCUAAAUUAGAAAAGUUAACCCGUUUAAAGGAAAAACUGAGUAGAAGAAUUAAUCAGAAAGCUCAGCAGAUGUAUGAUGAUUUAUUGUAUGAAUAUAACGACCUCAUGAGGAAGCUGAGUAAAGUCCAAAAUGACCGAGAUAAAAUAGAAAAAACAAUCACGGAAUUGGACAUUAAGAAGAAAAAGAGCGUCGAUGAAAUGUUUGAACGCGUUAAUUUACACUUUGCGGAGAUAUUCUCACUAUUGCUUAGCAACGCCACUUGUAAACUAGUGGCGUCAGAUGGUAAGGACAUAAGUUCCGGCAUAGUAAUGAAAAUCUGCUUUAACAAUGUUUGGAAAAACUCGUUAGCGGAGCUUUCCGGAGGACAACGCUCACUCCUGGCACUGGCACUGAUUUUAUCAAUGUUAAAGGUAAAACCAGCGCCGAUUUAUAUCCUGGACGAGAUUGACGCUGCGCUGGACCUAAGCCAUACUCAGAACAUUGGGAAAAUGGUCAAACAGCAGUUUCAGUACUCACAGUUUAUCAUUAUCAGCCUCAAGGAGGGCAUGUUCACCAACGCCAAUAUACUUUUCAAGGUCAAGUUCAUCAAUGGCAAGUCCACAGUCACAAGACACUCCAACCUCGACAACACACAGAAAUCCACAGAACAAGAUCAGGACAAUAAUAAACGAAAACGAAUUUAAUACCCA